CCAAGUUUCAGGAAACGAAAAUGAAAUAAAAACAGAAAAAAAUAAAAAAAAAAGAACAACAGAAAAACCAAUUGAGAGAGAGAGGGGGAGGGAAGAGGAGAGAGGAAGGCCUUACACAGUCAGUUCCCUCCUUCCCGAUCUCUCCCUUUUCCGUAAAUCCAAUCCUAUAUAGAUUUCUUUCGAUCGAUCAAGAUUCCGGCGAGGUGGUAGCGGCGGUGCAUGCAUGGUUAACCAUUCCAUGAGGAAGCUUUGCCCGAAUCUGGACAAAGAAGAUGGCUUGGAGACGGUGCUGGAAGUUCCCAUACCGGAGGAGAUGUUCAACAAGAUGGGCAGCAACGCCGCCCUCCGCUGGCACAACAUGCGCAAUCUUAUGCGCGCCCACCACCGCAGCUCCGCCGAUAAGUGUGCGGGCGCCAACCCUUUGGGUCCCACCUCCACUGUAGGAUCUGCGUUCAUACCUUGUCGGAUACAAUUAGAUCAUGCUCUCACCAUCCCCAUUAAGGAUGCCACCAUUGGAGCUUCCACUGCCAAGUACAUUGUACAACAAUAUCUAGCAGCCACCGGCGGGCUGGCUGCUCUAAAUGCCAUCAAUAGCAUGUAUGCCAUUGGACAGGUGAAGAUGCAUGUGGCAUCAGAGGCUGUGCAAAAUACUGAAAGCGCUAAACGAAAUUGUGAAGCCGGCGGUUUUGUGCUCUGGCAGAAGAAUCCUGAUUUAUGGUACCUUGAACUUGUUUUGUCGGGCCACAAGAUCAGUGCCGGUAGUGAUGGCAAAAUAGGGUGGAGUCAAUCUUCCUCGAAUUCAAACGCUACCAGAGGGCCUCCAAGACCCCUUAGGAGAUUUUUUCAGGGCUUAGACCCCAGAUUGACAGCCCACCUGUUCUUAAACACGGUCUGCAUCGGUGAGAAGAAGAUCAAGGACGAAGAUUGUUUCAUACUGAAGCUAGAUACGAGCGCGGAGAUACUCAAGGCACAGGGCACUGCCAAUACCGAAAUAGUCUACCACACGAUAUGGGGAUACUUUAGUCAGAGAACUGGCCUCCUCAUCCAAUUCGAGGACACAAAACUAAUACGAAUGAAGACGUCCGUGGGUGAUGAUUCGGUGUUCUACGAGACGAGCAUGGAGUCGGUGCUGGAAGACUAUAGACCUGUGGAUGGCAUCAAUAUAGCACACAGCGGGAGCACUACCGCCUCGUUGUACAGAUACGGCAAGACGCUGAAGAGAAAGUGGAAGUUGGAGGAGACAUGGAAGAUUGAGGAGGUUGAUUUCAACAUUUGUGGGCUGUCCGUUGAUUACUUCUUGCCACCAGCAGAUGACAGGAAGGAUACUGAGAAUGAUGAGCAGGGCAUAUAAAUGAUGCUAGGACAUUUUUCUCUUUUAAUUUUUGAUUCCGAGUGGGAAAAGAUGUUAGAUGAAUCUUCUUUUUUUUUUUUUUUGUUGUAUAUAGGCUAUAUGGAAGUUGAACUUUUUCCUUUCCGACACGACGUUCGUAUCUUGCGUCCCGGAAAAUUGAAAGAAGAGUGAUCAAUUAUAUAACAGUAUAUCAUACUUGCUGCUGUGUGAUUGGUUGGGUGGGUUUUGAAUUUUAAGUAA